GGUCCCAACUUUGAAUUCCCAACAUUUUUUUUUAAUUUUUCGGAAUUAGGAACGUGGUCUGCCUGGGCCAAGCUCGCUGACAUGGGCUUACAUUUUAGGCCCAAGGCGAGCCCACUGACGGAUUUAAAGAAAUAAGUGGAGCUGCAAUUGUGGUGCACAGUGUACCAUAUACUCCACACCUCAAACUGUCAUUUUGGCGGUUAACUGAACCCUAUUCUCUCUCUCUUUCUCUCUCUCUAACCUCAGCCUAUCUAUCUAUAUAUACUUCCGGCUUUACCAAUCCCAUUGAGAGCUACUUAAAUUCCUCAGUUCUUACUCAGCCUAUGUAUCAAUUCAACUUCUCAUUUUGGUCCAACCCAUGAGUUGGUGCUUUCAAAUCAGUUUGAAGAUGUUUCAAGAACCAGGUGUCUGUUUCUACCGCUGCUGCCAAUGCAGUACCACCCUUGCAUUCACCGACCACUUAGUUUCCAAGGACAUAGUGAAGGAAGCGGCCAUCUUAACAGAUGUUCAGAAUGUGACUGCUGCUGGCCCUUAUCAAAUUGACAGUAAUAACUUGGUUGCUGAUGUUACCUGUAACGGUUGCAACAGCCUUUUGGGUUGGAAAUAUGUAAGAGUGCCACAGAGAAACUACGCAGUUCAGCCCAGAAGAUUCCUAUUGCAGUUUAGGAACAAGCUUCUGAUGUGGGAUGGAAAGAACAUGCUGUAUGCAGAUACACGGAUGGUUACAUUCCACCAAAUUCCAAAUGCCCGUUUCUUCCUCUGCCGUCAAUGCAAUACCCACAUUGCCUUGAAUGAAGAUUUUAUGAUUAGAAUCCCAGACAUAAUGAUCAAUGCAGGCAUCUUUGAAGAGGUUGUCAAUGUGGAUGUUGCUGGCAAAGCACAUUAUCGAAUGCAGUGUACUGACACAGUUGCCGAUGUUAACUGUAGCGGUUGCAGGAAACUUUUGGGUUGGAAAUAUAUUGAAGUGCCAAAGGAAGAAGCCAUUUUCCUCAAAGCCGGAACUUUCCUGCUGCAUUUGAACAUGCUCCUGAAGUGGAAUGGAACAAAUAUGCAAUGUGCAGAUUACACAUGGAACUGUUGAAAAAUGCCUGAAUUGACCGCUAUGAAGACUUUCGCAAUGGCUGCUGAUGGAGGACUCAUAUACAUGUACUAUCAAAUUCAUCCUUCUUUUAUUUUUGACUCUUAAAAUACGGAUUUGGUGUUUUCUCUGUUUCCUGCGAUACUCUAUACGGAGCAAGAGAGCAUAGAACUAUUAGUUGUUGUUGUUAGAACAAAAGGGAUUGUCUGGUGCGUGAUUUUUUUCCACGGUUUAGUAUAAGCACCCAAUACUCAAUAAUGGGAGCUUUCUAUGCAUGUACUACAAUUUCUAUCUUCUUAUGAUCUAUGAUGAAAAUAUGUCUGCUGCUGUUACAAUAGAAAUCAUAUUUUAAACUAUGUUUGAAAUAGCUUAUCUGCAUAUAUUUUGCAAUUAACUUUACUUUCUAUUAUUUGAUCUGUUUUCUUUCUAUGCCAUUUAAAAUAAGGAUUUUGAGCAUGUGUGUUUGGACAGAGGGAAAUUAGGGGAAUGUCAGUGAAAAAAUUGCAGAGUAAAAGAUUAAAAUUCAUAGCUUCAAAUGAAGUGUACUGCUCUUAAAGUUUGUAUAGCAUGAAACAUCUGUAGAACAGUUUCCAAAUAAAGAGUCCAAAGAAAUUAUGGUAUUGAAUGGAGCUUUUACAUAUUUGAGAUUUUAUUUUAUUUUCUAGAAGAAUCACAUUGAGUUGAGCUUAAUAAAACCAGUUCAAAAGUUCUUGAAAAGGCAUUUAUUCAACUUGAAAGUGAAAAAUUAUAAAUAAGAAAAUGAGGCAAAAUAUGAGCAAACAUGCGUGGGGGUGUAGGCUGAGUUUGCCUUGUUGCCACAAGCCAAUGGUUCAUGGUGUUUGGUAUUGCUGUUCUUUUUCUUUUUUUUUUCCUUUUU